GAUUCAGUUACAAAACAGAACUGGUGAGAAGCGAGAACCAGCUGCAACUGUCGAUCCUGCUUGACGAUUCGUGCGCCAGCAACGGAUUGCCGCAGAGCCUUCCCCUCGCGGCCUCCUCCCUGCGCGGCCGGGACGCGGUCGCCAUUUUCAGGCACCGCGAUUUUGUCUCGUCAGGCCGACAACUCCGGCCUCCUCCAACGCGGCGUCCAGAUCGGCGCAGUCCCCUCGGCAACACCUCCCCUCCCCGACUCCGCGCCCGCCGUGCACCAGAUCCUGUAAUGCCAACCAGACGCCAUGUUCAAUAUUCAUCUCUUCCUACAGAGGACAGAGAUAAUCUACGGUUCACAUAUACUCCAAAAUCUCAUAGGAAAAUUCCAUGGAAGUCAAUUGCCCUAGCACUUUUUCUCCUCCUCAUAGGGAUUUUACUCCUCUCCCUGUCAUAUUUUAUAUUCACAAGUCACGUGGAGGGUGAUGAUUCUCAGGCAUAUGGCCUCUUAUUCCUGGGUGUGCUUGCUUUCCUUCCCGGCUAUUACGUGACCCGAGUUGCUUACUAUUCCUGGAGAGGAGCACCAGGGUACACCUUUGCAUCCAUCCCAGAUUAUUAGCCAUUUAUGUAUUCACAAGACCUCAAGUGCGGUGCUCACACAGGAAGGCCAAGCACAUAGACAAUUAAAUGAACACCUGUGCAUGAUAUAUAUAUAGUCAACAUGUCCUCUGAAACCAAAAAAAAGAAGAAAAAAAAGAAAAGAAAAAAAGAAAGAUACCCUUCUGUGUUCAUGCAUGGAUUAACUUGGCAACAUUGCAAUAAUGCUGCUCACAAUGCUAGCAACAUAGGUGCAUAGCCAGUUUUGGGUUCUCUCUUUGUUAGUUUUUUUUUCUUGUUGCUGGAUUAGAUGUUUCUACUUCGGACUUGUUAUGGAUUGUUUUCAUAGAGCUUCUUGGUCAUGCUGAUUCAGUAUCUGUGUACUGUAGCUGCCACAAACUGAUCAUAAGGCUGGGAAGUCUUUUAUGUACUUUCCGAUGAAGAUUGUUAUACAAUCAGUACAUGCCUUGCCCUCCAAUGAACUAUGGUUUUCUUCUUUUUCACGUAAUGUGUUUGGACAAUUGGGUAUCGUAAUUUAUCUGUAAAGAGUGUGCAGUGAAGAGGCUAGAUGAAGAUUGGCAUAUAUCCUAGGGAGAGUAGAUGUCACUGCAUUUGUACUACAUGACUUGAGCAAGGAAAAUAAGUAUCUCGGUGGACCAUCUUUAUGUCC